UUAAUUAUUAGUAUUAGUUUUCCGUUACAAACCUAUGAAGUCAAAAACUAACGAACGGCAAAUAAUGGAAAGUCAAAAAAUAUAUAUAAUCGCAAGCCAAGCGUAGGACUUCAAAAAUAUAGCAACAAUAAGUCUUCUAACCAACACGUUAACAAACACAAGAUUAACAAAUUACGCAUAAGCCUUUUUAUAUUUCCUUUCAGAUUUUUCCCGGUCCGUUUUAGUUGUUUUGUCUAAAAUGUUCUAGAAAGAACAGAUUUAUGAAGAACGAUUAUUCUGUUUUCCUCCCUCCGCUCAAAGCGGAAACUAUUCGACUCGUGAAAUCCUCUACAUCCGGCGACAUAGAAACACACGCCGUACAACCUGGUUAGUUAUUAACAGAUACAUUUGCUUAUUCAUUUUUAUAGAGUUUUUGACUAACCAAAUACUAACAAGAAAACAUUCUAUCCGGACAUAAAAAAGGAAACCGAGUAGCUCACUACUCUUUUACUAAACGAUAACCAACCAUGGCAGCCUGUAGUUCACCCGAUUAAGAAAAACGUAGCAGAGUUCGAGUCACGUGUCCUGCUAAACUUCUUUCUAGGAAGUAUCUUGUUCAGUCGAGAUAGCUGAGAUUCUUACAGUGCUCAACUGAAAAUCACCAUGACGGAAAGAAGCACAAGCGAUCCGGAAGACGAAGGACGAACAUGUUAUAUUUGUUAUAACACUGACAUUCAAGGUCAAAAUGGUUGGCUGAAGCCGUGUCGAUGCAGUGGAUCAACCAAAUGGGUCCACAAUACUUGUCUUCAGCGUUGGAUUGAUGGUCAGCAACUGGAAGAUUUGUCAACCAAAGUACGCUGUCCACAGUGCAAUACAGAAUUUACCAUUGUUUAUCCAAGUCCAGGUCGUCUUGUAUAUAUAAUGGACAUGACAGACAAAGUCAUCUAUAAGAUGUGUCCAUUCUUGGCUGGAGGUAUAUUUAUAGGCUCAGUCUAUUGGAUGGCUGUUACAUAUGGGGCUGUUACUGUGAUGCAGGUGUUGGGCCACAAAGAGGGCCUGAAUGUGAUGGAACGAGCUGAUCCAUUAUUUUUAUUGUUUGGAUUACCUGCCAUUCCACUAACCUUGAUCUGUGGAAAGUUGGUCAGGUGGGAGGACUAUGUUUUGCGGCUGUGGCGCAAGCACUCAUCUCGGUUACCUCUUAUUAAUUAUCUUUUCAAAGAUGAGUGCUACCGUGACACUAGCAUGGUUGAAGGCCGUACGGAUCAGACCAACCCAAUGUCAGCUACUCGAGUCAUGUGUGGAGCAUUAAUACUACCUACCAUAGCUACAUCAGUUGGAAAAAUAGCAUUCAGCUCAGUCCAGUCAAACUUCCAGCGUACUCUCCUUGGUGGUGUGGCAUUUAUCAUAAUCAAAGGCUUCCUCAAGAUCUACCUGCGUCAACAGCUCUACAUCCAGCAACUGAGUCGUAUAGUGAAGGACUUUAAUGAAGACGAUGUAUCACCUAGCUCCAGUGUUUCUCCCAGCAUGGCUACAUCAAUGGCAUCCACAGCAACGUCAGACCAUCAGUGAUUUUCUUUUGAUGUAGUAUGCCACCAUAUCAUUAUUGUCCGAAUUAUUUCUGCUGUCAUUGCAGUUGUUGCAGAAAAGAAAGAUUGGAGGUGGUGGUGUGUUGUGUGUGCGUGUAUGUGUUCAUUGCUGGUGGUGGGAGAUGAAAAGGAGUAGGCGGCAAACUAAGAAGGAAAUUGGUUGAGAAGAAAAGAGUGAUAUAGUCUCCGUCUCUCCUCUCUAUCAAUUUCAUUCUCUUUCUCAAUGAAAUUUGAUAAACUUCAAUGAAAUUAUCUUUCCUUUUAAUAUAUUUAAAAGGCAGAAAAAAGACUUUUAAAAUAAAGCAAAGAAAAUAGAAAAAAAGUAAUUAAAAAGGGGAAGAAAAGUAGAAAGAAAGUGAAGAUAUUCAAGUGCACAAAUUUAUUUUUAAUCUUAAUUUCUUUUCCAAAUCUCUCUUUCCUUUUCCUGUCAGCUAUACACAUGAAUGAAUAUGCAAACAUACUUGUGCUUUCAUACACUGGCAUAUAUACACAUACAUCUUUGUGCAACUCACACAUCUAUUUGCAUCAUCACGAAUCAUGCAUUCACAGAUACUUAUGUAUCAACACACUUCUAUAAAUAUAACCAAUGUCAUCAUCAAUCUACAUAUGCAAUUACAUACACAAAGACACAUGUACAUAUAUAUAGGCACAAUGUUGCUGCCACUCAUUCAAUUGUCUGUUGCCCUUAACGACCAGCACCAAACAUGUAUAAAGGAUUUUUUCAGAAUGAAUGUAAAAAAAAAGGGAAAGCAGAAAUAAGUACAAAACCCCUUUUUUUUUUCUUCCAGAAAUGUUUUAUAACAUUUGUCCUCUUAGCUGUUGUUAUUAUUGACUUAGUUGGUUCUAACUAAUUAAAAUUAUAGCAUAGAGAUAACUGAUCAAAUGCUCAUUACAAAUCCACAUAUCCAGCAUCCUGGAGCUGCAAUGCCUCUAUGCCUAUAGGAUGUCUAGUAUGUCAAUAUUGGAUGCAACCUAUCCUGUGAUCAGCAUUACAACUGUGGCUAUCUCAUCUACAGUUUUGUGCCUCAGUGUCUGGAGUUCAGUUUCUGAUUAGUGCUGAUUUUAGUCUUUGAAUCAUCACAAUUAGCUCUGAAUGAGCAGAUGUAGGACAUGAAAGAAUUGGGUUGAGCAAAACAUUCAAUGUCAUGGCCAUUUCCUCUUUUAUUAUGGGGCAUGUUGUCCUAAGACAAGAUCCAAUAUGUGAUAAUGAGCAAGUUGCUUUGAGUGAAAGAGACUGAAUAUUUCCCAUAUGAUGAUUGGUCUGAAGAAACAGUAAAGAGUAGUUAUAAGACAAGUUUUUUUUAAAGCAAAGGGAGACUUGGCGUAAACUGAUCCAGAAGAGGAAGAAUGAACUUGCUCAAUAAUCUCAUAUGAACUUAAAAUUUAUAAAAGCUGACCAUUAUGAAAUGGUGUCAAGAGGAGUUAAUGAUUAUCAUUCAUAAACUGAUGUGAAGUGAGAGAAUGAUUGGUCAUUAAUAAAAUUUGCAAAAUGUGCAAGGCAAGCUUAGUUAUUCAUAAACGUGUAGGAGGAGAGGUUAUUCGCAAAUUAUAAAAUGUGUGAUGACAUGGGAGGAGGUAUGGUUUAUAACAGAAUCUUACCAUUGAGCUGACAGAGUAAGAAAUUUGAUAUUUUUCUAUGCUAGGUUUGAAUUUUUAAAAAUGCGUUGAUAUUCUGGUUUUUCCAUAAAAUGUCGAGAUUUUUGUUUGUUGCUAAAAUAACAUAAUAGAAACCUUUUGUAUCUCAAAGAAACAUAAUAGUUGGAAAUACUGGAAAGAUUAUAUUUGUGUUUAUUUUUUACCAACUGAAAAUGGAUUUGGUGAUAUGAGCUGAGCUUGAAAUUAAAUAAACCUCUUACUGUUGGUUAUUUUCAUUUUGAGAGGGAUUUGAUCUUCACACUUUACCAAAAUUGUAAAUUUCUUUUAGCUUAGUUCUCCACCAUGACUGAAUGGUUAAGAAGUUCACAACCAUGGAUGCCUGAGUUCAAUUCCACUGCAUCUUGAGCAAAUGUCAUUUUCUAUAACCUUGGGCGAGUGAAGAUAGGUGGACAGAAACUGCAUAGAAGCCCAUCAGGUAGAUUGUAUCUGUAAUUGAAAAGGUGCAAUUCUUGUCAUACAGUGUCUUGCCAAUUCUACCUGUGAAGGGUACACUUGUCUGUUUGCAAUAUCUCAAAGAAAUACUAGAUACACCAGGCUCAGUGGGAUGGUAAUAGUUGGAAAUAGGCUAUUCUUCAUAUAAUGAUUUGAUUGUUUGUUGUUGGAAUUUAAAAAUUCAAGUAAUGUUAUCCUCAGCCACUUACAUGUUAUUUCAGAAGCAAGUUAUUCAGCUAAUAGACCAAGUGAAUCCCCACCAACAAAUCACUCACCUGCUUUACUUCUAGAGAAGCAGACUGAGGAAUGUCUUGUGCUCUACUCAAAAUAAAGGAUACUAUCAAUAAUAAUCCUUUCUACUAUAGGCACAUGGCCUGAAAUUUUGGAAUAUGGGGGCUAGUUGAUCACAUUGGGGCCCCAGUGCUUGACUGCUACUUAAUUUAUCGACCCUAAAAGGAUGAAAGGCAAAGUUGACUUGGGCAGAAUUUGAACUUGCAACGUAAAGAUGGAUGAAAUGUUGCUAAGCAUUUUGUUCUGCCAGCUUGCCACCUUCAUGAUGGUGAUAAUAAUAGCCACCAUAUCACCAUAUCACCAUAUCACCAUAUCACCAUAUCACCAUAUCACUACAAUUUCUAUAAAAACACUUAAAAGUCACCAAUGUUCCCUUUGCAUAAAUGAGACAAGAAUUGUUUAGUGCUGUGUUUGGAGCAUGUUUUUUUUUAAUAUUUCUUUGCUGCUUUCGCAAAUUCUCAUGACUGUCACCAUCCAAUUCUAUUAUUAUGAAUUUGAAUUGAGAGCUUGAGUCAUAGUGAAUCUUUCAUUAGCUAAUUACACAACCAUGGACACCACCCAUAUGGAUGCAUUGCAGUUACUCUUGAUAGAUUUUGGUGAUCCUGACUGUUUAAUCUCCUAGGAUUCCUUAACUCAGCACCAAUGUAAGAAGCAUUAUUGGCUUAGUUGAGCUCUUCUGCAACCACUUCACAGUUGCCAUAAUGCAGUCUCAUGACUUUGCCAUAUCCUUGGCAGGAUUGCCAAAAGGCAGCCCAUAUCUAUGCAGGGUACAGUCGUCACUCUGUGAGGUACUUUCAAAUACCCUCAUACUCAUAAUAGCUUUGGGCAUGGUACUACAACCUCACACUAUAAUAUGUAAGAAGUAUUUCAAUAUCUUGUCCUGGGAAUACAGCUAAUACUAAUGAAUUAUUGGAUAUACUAAUAAUCACCACCAUUACUCUUACAUCAGUAAUUGUUGAUAACUGAUUAUUUUCAUUGAAUCAAGUCAUCUGCAAUAAAAUAUAGUCGUUACAGUGAUAUAACUGAUAAAAUCACCUGCAUUGAACUAUUUUGUAACUGUUGCUGUCUCUUUAUCGUUAAAAGAUACAGAAGGUUAAGUUAUAAGGUAUCAAGCAACUGACAAGACAACUGGUUGAAGAGGAUGGGAAUUUGUAGCCUGUCACUGGAUUAGCAUUGUACCUAAGAUCAAAACUCAAUACCACAUCCUUGUACUGUAGUUGCAAUUAAUACAAUGAUAUAAUUCACAGUUGCAAGCAAUAGCAGCACAUAGGCUUGCAAUUCAGGGUUUUAUUUUACUUUGUGAGAACAGUUGAUUGCAAUAAAUUAGUAUUCUGUACAGUGA